AUGCGCCCACACGAAGGACUUGGGCUCAAGGCGCCACUCGAUCCCGAACCAGUCAAGAAGUGGGCGGAAGAGGGUUUCGCGGUAGUUGGCGCGCGGAUCGGGGGCGAGACGGACGUGAAUGCCGCUCUAAGUACAGCCAUUGCUGCAUUGGAGGACGCAGACUUUGUGGAGAAUAAAGGCUCAUAUGCCGUCUUGGUGUAUGACCCAUCAGCGCUCCCCGCGAUCCUGGCCGGCUCGGGUUCCAUGCCCCGUAUCGUGGCGGUCGUAUCCCACGGAGCUGCAAUGUUCAGCGACGACCUGCCGAUGCUAGUCCACGUCCCUAGUCGUAUCGUGCACGAUGCGGGCCGUGAUCCUCCCCUCAAUUGCCGGGUUCACGAAUAUGACGUCGACUCGCCAUACUUUGUCGUUCCCUCCUCGGGUCCCAAGGCCUACUCGCCCCCAAAUGCGGCAUUAGCUCACUCGCGCACCCUAGCCUUUCUGCGGAAUCAGCUAAACGGACCAUACUUUGACCUAGAGGCGAUCUGGGACGAGCACACGCAUUACGAAUUCAUCGACCGCAGCGUGGAAAAGACCAUGUUGACCAUGGUAGACGAGCCGUAUGUCAACCACGUUCCGACGAUGACUGGGGGCGUUGGGCGCGAGCAACUGUCGCAAUUCUAUCGCGACCACUUCAUCUUCAGUAAUCCCGAAGAUGCGGAUUUGCUCGUCGUCUCACGCACGGUCGGCGCGGAUAGAGUCGUCGAUGAGUUUAUCUACAGCUGCACCCACAACCGCGUCAUCGACUGGCUCCUCCCCGGCGUUCCCGCGACUGGGCGCAAGAUCCAACUUGCCAUGAUGGCCGUUGUGAAUAUUCGCGGCGAUAGGCUGUACCACGAACAUAUUUGGUGGGACCAGGCUAGCGCACUGCAGCAGGUCGGGUUUUUGCCCGAAUGCGUACCCACGCCGCAGGGCCAGCUUAGGCUUCCGGUCGCUGGGUAUCGUUCGGCUGAGAUGCUCGUGGACGAGACGGCGGGAGAGGCGAAUUUCAUGCUUGGGCCCGAGUGGGGCGUGUCCAAGGCCAAGGGAAAGGGGGAUGACGAGAGCGCGGCGAAUGGUGGCGCGGCGCAUACGAAAAGGAACGGCCACGAGGAGGGUGCGGAAAAGGUCUAG